CUGUUUCAUCUGUCUUACGGAACACAAAAACAAAACAGAACUGCCUUUGUUCUUCUUCCUCUUUCACAUACAUUCUUUAGAAGUAGCUUUCUCACCACAUGAGUACACAGUUUCUCGGUCUCUCAAAGAUGAACAGCCACAAUAAGACAUUUUGCCCUCCUGUAGCACAGCACAUCAGCCUAACUGUCCUCCUCUGUCUGGUCUACAUGACUGGGCUCCUCCUGAAUGGCUUCAGCCUCUGGGUUUUCAUCUUCCGGAUGUCUAAAUGGAACUCUGGGACGGUGUUACAGUUUAAUUUGGCAAUAAGUGAUCUACUGGCCUCGCCUGCCACCCCUCUGAUGGCAGCCUACUUUGUCAACGGGAACAACUGGGAGUUUGGCACCUUUCUGUGUGAGUUGAAGAUCGCCUUAGUCAGCGCUCACUUCUACGGCAGUAUCGUGUUCCUCACCCUUAUCAGCGUUCAUCGCUACGUGGUUGUGGUUCACUUCAAACGAUCGUCUCCGUUUAAACGGAAAGCCUUUGUGAAGAAGCUGUGUUUUGUAGUGUGGCUUUUUUUAUUAAGCGGUGCCAUAGUGUACGCCAUUCUGCUACCUGUUACCAAUGAAGACGGGCACAAGCAAUGCCUUUCCAUACAUCAAUCCAAACUCACCAGUGCGUACUUCAUUAUCAACUUUGUGCUCUUCACUCUUGGCUUUCUUGUGCCUUUCAUCACAGCUGCGGUUUGCUACAGCUGUCUGGCUCGAUCAGUAAUCAAGGUAAACGUCAACUCUAUGCAUGGGCAGACAAUUAAAUCAAAGUCUCUAAAGAUGAUAGGAUUGUGUCUGGUCAUCUUCGGACUCUGCUUCUUCCCGCUCAACGUUACCCGGACUGUCGCGGUUAUCAUUAAAAAGUACUACCCUGAACACUGUCAGCUUCUGUUACACACUGAAACAGCGUACUACUUCUCGUAUGUCCUGGCAGGAAUCAACUGUUGCCUGGACCCUCUUAUAUAUUUCUUUGGUUCACACAAUUUUAAUAAAGCUUUUAGAGGAUCUGUGAGAAUGGUAAAACGUCACCAGGAGAAAGACAACAAAACUGAAUCAGAGACAAGUUACAGUACAAAUAGAAAUGCUAUCUAUACAAUAUCUACAGGAGCGGUGUUAUAGCAUUUCAGAGUAACAAAACAUCCCUGUCUUAUUCCUGUAAAUAUUUUAAGGUAUGUUUGCUGGUGAUCUUUUUCUGUCAUUUUGUUCAAUCAUAUUUCCUGUGAAUUUUUUUUGUGACGUAGUUUGUGAAUGAGACUGCACUGAAUACAACACACUGUGAGAAGGUUUUUAAUGGUUUAACUGGUUCCUUCAGCAGUUUGUUUUGCCAUGCUGGUCUUCUUAAUGUGUUUUAGCACAGUGCUGUUAAUCUAAGAACAACUGGUAUGAUGUGUGUAGUAAUAUGAUGUAAAAUAUAAUAAUUCUUGUAAUGUAGUGUGACAUCAUGUUUAAAAUAUCUGUCAAUUUUUUUAAAAAUUAUUAUUUCAUAUUUUUUUAAUUGUUGUUUAUAAAAUGUACACAUUUAAAUAUCAUAUUUGUCCUUAUUUGUACAAAUAAUACAAGAUUUUCUCUUCUAGUUUAAGUGCUUUAAACUGAGAUAGAGGCGUUGAUCAUCAGAGAAACAUGUGGCACACAUUUGCACACUCAUUCACACCAUGAAGCUUUUUGACAUCAGCAUUUACCCACUGGUACAUUUUUGGGUGGUUGGAGGAAACCAAAGACACUGAAGAAAGGCCAACAGACAUCCGGCAGACACAGAGAUAAAAUGACAACUCUGAGCUCUCGCUGGUUUGGUCCUGAGCUCAGAUUUCUGUCUGCAUGUAGUUUCACAUUUUAUCCCUUGUGAAUCUUUGGGUUUCCUCUUGGUUUUGUGGUUUCCUCUUACUUUUCAAAAACAUGUUAGUCGGUGGACUAAUUUUAAUCCGGCGUGGAAAUGCUUGAGCACGGUGUCCUGUGAAGGACUGGCGUUCCUGG